ACGAGAGCGACGAGGCGACGGCCGGCACAGCGCGCUACGCCAGAGUACGUCGGGUGGGAUGGCCUCCGGCGGCGGCAUCGCCCGCGCCCGGCUCGCCGAGGAGCGCAAGUCCUGGCGCAGGAGCCACCCCCACGGCUUCGUUGCCAAGCCGGCGACGCUGCCGCAUGGGUCCGUCAACCUCAUGGUCUGGAACUGCAUCGUCCCCGGCAAGGAAGGCACUGAUUGGGAGGGAGGAUAUUUCCCUCUGGCUCUUAACUUUGAUGAAAAUUACCCAACUCGCGCUCCUGUCUGCAAGUUUCCGGCUGGCUUUUUCCAUGUUAAUGUCUACAAUACGGGCGCAGUGUGCCUGUCCAUCCUUGGUGACGGAUGGAAGCCUUCCAUCACCGUGCGCCAAAUUCUCAUAGGCAUCCAAGACCUACUUGAUAAUCCAAACCCAGCAUCCCCUGCGCAGGGUUCAUGUUAUGAGCUCCUUGUGAAGAAUUUGCCAGAGUACAAUAAUCGUGUUCGUCAGCAGGCCAAGCGGUAUCCUUUGCAUGUGUAGCCUUGGACCGUCUUCAGCAGACAAGAUGGCAACUAACCAAGCAUUCGUUUUGCCGGAGUGGAACCUGUCAUGACUGUGCUUAUUGUUCAUCAUAAGA